AUGUUCCCUAAUCCGGAACCUAUUGAAACAUUGAAAGAUUUACUUGAUGGUCCUAAUGAAUUUGUAGCAGCUGGAUUUGAACGUUUUCGACCAUUAAAUGAAAUGAAUCUAACAACUAAAUGUUUCAGUCGUAGCUUAAGUCGUACAAGAAAUUCAACUAAAUCACCUACCAAUUCAAUGUUACUACCAUCUUUGAAACAAACUCAUGAACAAUUCAAUAAAAGUCUUUGUUCAACUAGUGGUUUUAUUGUUUGUCAAGUAUUUAUCAAAUCUGGUCAGAAUGAUCCACAAACAGGUGAAAUAUAUUCAUCUAUUUGUACAGCUAAUCCAACUAUUACAAUCUGUAAUAGAUAUCGAUCAACUCAACCUAUACUACUUAGAUCAGCAUAUGUAUGUACAUUGAGUUUAAAUGAUGGAAAUGUACAAGUUAUACAAGGCAAUGAUUUAAACGAAUCUAACACAACGAAUAUGACACAAUUGGGACCAUUUUAUCCAGGGAGUAUUGAUUAUUUUGAAAUACCCUUAAACGAUAUUAUGGAAAUCAGUAAAAUACGUAUAAGUCAUGAUGGUUACGGUACUUAUCCUGAAUGGUUACCAGAAGAAAUUUACCUAAGAUUAACACAAAAUCACCCUAAUAUGACCAUGAAUUCGCUCAAAUUCAGCACACGAAAUUCAUCCUGUUUAACCAGACUAUUAAAUACUGAAGAAGAGAGUAAUUUAUUGACAGGAUCUAUACCAACAUAUGAAAUUUCUUUUCCAUGUAUGAAAUGGUUAUCACGCUUUAAAGGUGAUGGCAGUUUAGUACGUGAAAUUGCUGCACCUGGAACUCAACUAUCUAAUCAUGCACCAAGACUUGGACGAAUAUUAAAAGUAUACCCAUUGGAUAUUACAACAUUAUUUCAACAAGAGGAAAGGGCUCCUGUAAUUCAAUAUCAAGUAAUAACAAAAACUGGUAAACUUUGGAAUUCAGGAAUGAAUAAUACAACAAAAGUAAAUAUAUUAAUACAAGGUGAUCGUGGUGAUACAGGUACAAGAAUUUUAUGGAAUAAAGAAAUAUCUAAAAUAAAUGCAUUUUCAAGAGGGAAAACUAGUUCAUUCAAUGUUGAAGCUGUAUUUCUUGGUCGAUUAAAAUCACUUACUAUAUGGUUAGAAUCAGAUAAUAAUGAAAAUGAGAAGAAUCAUUCAACUACUACUAAUACUACUACUACUACUGCUACUACUACUACUACUACUACUACUACUAUUACUACUAAUAGUAAUAAUAAUAGUAAUAAUAAUUGGUAUUUAGAAUAUGUAAUUAUUCAACAAUUAUCAAUGAAUUCUUCUAUGAAUCUAUUCAAUACAUUAUCUUCAUCUUCUAUACCAUCAUCUCAAUUAUAUCCUUAUACAACUAAUCAUUUUUUAACAUAUACAAAUAAUUUAAAUAAUAUUUAUAAUGAUAUCAUUGCAAUUUAUAUAUUUCCUUGUUUUCAAUGGUUAACAACAAAAUUUGGUAUGAAUUCUAUACCAAUUAAAUUAAUUCCAAUUAAUAAUAAUGGUAUAUUUACAAUUAAUUUAAUGGAAACAAUUAUGGCAUAUCAAAAAGAACAAAUAUUUUGGCAAGUUGAAAAAUGGAAGUUUAAACCAGGUACAAAAAUUAUUUUCUACAGUUAUUUAACUGGUGCACCUAUGCGUAUAGUCGAUUCGAACCGUAUUGAUUGUCAACCGAUUGAUUCAGUUAGUGGAGUAUCAAAUCAAAAAAAUGGAGAAGUAUUUAAUGUCUCUAAUGGAUUAACUAAUUCAAGACAUUCAAAACUAUCACAUCAACAAUUUGGUUCAAGAGAUUUAUUAGAUAAUUAUAAACAAUCUAUAUUUAAUCAAAAUAUAGAAUAUUGUAAUCAUUUGAAAUCAACUAAUAACAAGAAUAAUCAUAAUAAAACUAUAAAAUGUAUUCGUUCAUUUUCAAGUGUACAAUAUCCAUGGCUUUCAUUGUGUUUAGAUGAAAUAGCUGGUUUAAAUAUGAAAAUUAAUUCUGAUUUAGAUUCACAAUGUUUCAACUUUAAAAUACGCCCUCAGUCAGAACGUCUUAUUGCACUUGAAAUAAACAAAAAAACUUCACUGCAGUCUAGAAAGGUCCAUGUUUACGUUGGACCAGAUGGUCGUGUUGUCAGUGGAGCAACAGGUCCUAUAACAAUUCCUGGGAAAUUAUUUCUACCAUAUGUAAAAGGUUGUCUAAGAGAUCAAACAAUCUUAUGGUUAUGUACAGAAAUCCAGCAAACAUUAAUCCCUAUAAUCAUUCAUGAAACUAAUCAAAACAAUUCAGAAGUUAAAAUCAAUAGUUGUAAAUUUGAUUUACGUGCUACAGGUGAACGUACUACUGAAGCAUAUUGGAGAGUUCAUAAAGUAGACAAAAAUAUUAGACGAUUUGAAUCAGUUGCAUGGCCAGGAAAUUUUUUACGUGUUACAUCAAAUAAUGUAGAUGUUAUGGGUGGUGGUGGAAUGGAUUGUUACUUUCAAAUUAAUCGUGUUCGUUAUAAAGGUUUUCUUCAAUUAUCACCUCUUGUGAACAUUAAAAAAAUUAUUGGAAUGAAUGAAGAUGGAACAAUCACUUUAUAUGACAAAGAUACAAUGGAAGAAAAUUCACGUUUUUAUCCAGAAGUUGUCAAAUAUGGUUUCUCUAGUCCACAGAUUCAAUUGAAUAGUUCAUGUUUAACAAAUAGAACAGUUAAAUUACAUCCUCAAUCAAUCAUUUCAAACAAUUUAAUUACAAAUUCAUUAUUAAAUAAUGAUAAUGAAGAAGAUGAAAAGAAUAAAGCAAAUCUACAAAAUGAAUCUAAGAUUGCAUCAACAAAACAACAACAACAACAACAGAUGUUAGAAUUAAUACAAUCUCAUCAUGAAACCGAUAUGGAUACAACCAAAAGUAUAUUUGUUGAUGAUAUAAACUCUAAUGGAAAUGAUUUGAAUAAGACACAAACUUUAUAUAAUUUAAAUGAAAAUCAAUCUAUGAAAGAUUCCAGCUGGAAAUUAUCUAUUUAUACAGAGAAAUCAGCACAAAACUGUGAAAUCAUUUUAGUUGUCUACGGCAUAGACGGUAAUUCAGGUCCAAUAUUAAUUGGUAGAUCAAAUGAUGAAAAAGGAUUAUUUCAAGCAAAUAGAAUUGAUAAUUUCAUGAUUAUACUGGAAAAUAUCGGUUCAAUUUAUAAGAUACGUCUAGAAGUGAAUCAAAUAAAUCCAGAUAAUGAUAGUGAAUGGGAAGUUGACAAGUUGAUAUUGGAAAAUAUUAAAAUAAAUAAACAAUUAAUAUUUGAAUUUAUUGGUCGACCAUUUGGAAAAUUAAAUAAUUUUUAUUGUUUAUCUCGAGAACAAGUUACAUAUUUAAAUUUAUCAAAUAAUAUAAUAAUGAAGAAACAAUCAGAAGAAGAACAACAAAAGGAAGAAAAAGAAGAACAACAGCAACAACAACAACAACAACAACAACAAGAAAGAGGAGACGAACAAGAAGAACAAGAACGAGAAGAAUUCAAAUUAUGUCUAUUAAAUUAUCGUAUACAAUUAGAAUUCAAUAAUGAUUUAAUUCAAAGAAAUGAUCAAUUAAAUAUUUCAUUAGAACCAUAUAUUUGUUUAAUUGGACAAUAUGGUGAUAGUGGUCGUAGAUUAAUAGGUUAUAUUACUGAUAAACAGUUAAGUAUUAAUGAGAAAAGGAAUAUUCUGGUAGGUUUGUUUUAUUUUUUUUUCUUAGUGAAUAGUUUACAAUUAUAAUGAAAUGAUUUCUUUUCUUCUUUUUUUUUGUUUUUGUUUUUAAUAAUUGAAUUUAUGAGUUGAAUUAAGCUAGAUCAUUAGUGAAAAUCUGGAAGCAGUGGUACUUUUCAAUUAUUACUUUCAUGUUUUCAAUAGGGGUUUAGCAUUAAUCGGUUCAGGAUCUCAAUUAGAAAGUUGAUAAUCUCUACAACUCCAUACUGAUAAUUAUCAUGUGCUCACUAGUGAUUAGAUUUGUGAAGGAAUUCUUGGAGUUCUAGUGAGAAGCUGUGACCAGUGGAGCUAAUCUGUGUCGGGUAGAGAUAGGUAUCUACUUCAGUGCAAUGGAAGACGGUCGAGCAAUUUUAUGGAUUGGUUGAGUUUAGAUAUUAGCACUGUUGGAUGAUGGCCGGCUAAGUGGUCUAGAGGUCAAGUGUUCGCGUGCAAAACCGAAGAUCCUGAGUUUGAAUCCGGCGAGUGGGAUCGUGAAUGAGCACUGCCGAGGAGUCCCACAGUAGGACGAAACAGCCGUUCAGUGUUUCCAGGUUUUCAAUGGUGGUCUAACAU